AUGGGUUUGUCUGAUUGCGAUGAAGUGCGAGAGUUAUGGAAAGGUGCAGGGUUCACUAUUGUCAACAAUGUGAACGAGGUAUUCAUGAAACUAGAUCCGCAGGGCUUACUGGUGGCUCAGGACCAAGAUUCCGGAAAAAUCAUUGGAUAUUGCGGUGCAGUCAAUGUCGCCGAAGAUUUUGCCGUUAUUGGCGGGUAUUGUGUGAAACCCGAGUACCAGGGUCAUGGUAUUGGGAAUAACAUUUGGAACUCGGGAAUGGCACACAUGGGCGACCGGAAUAUUGGACUUACGGCCGCCAAUACGAAAAUGCUUGAGAUAUACAGAGAUCGGCAUCAUUUCAAAUGCAUUCGUGAGCCCAUCCUCUAUAUGAGAGGGGAACUGGCGUUAGACAGGGAUCUCAUCGAUUAUAUCAAAGGCGUCUCUUUGGUGGCCAUCAAUGAGCACAAUGUCCGCGAUGUCUGUGAAUACGACCGACAAGUCUGCGGUUUAGACAGAAGUGUAAUGAUUGAGGGCUUCUAUCAAACGGCAGAUAAUUCCCAGAAGUUAACCAACGUGGAGAAAUACGCCUGUUGGCAGUUUAUCGUCUCGACAACCACCACAAAUCACAAAGCGAUACAAUUGGCGAAGAAAUUGGGAUUAUCUGAAGGGAUGGAACAGAUGGCAGGAUAUACCAAGGUGAUACCACAAACUAAUGUGGCUAAAAUGUACAGUUUAGGCAGUACUAUGUUCUAUGUACUCUGA